UAAAUAAAAACCAUAAAAACCCAAAGUUUGCCUUCCACAAGGGGCAAGAAAGAAACAAGGGUCAAUCAACCAACCAAACCAAGCAAUGAGGCCACCAAGACCAACCAUAGCUCUUUACCUCCUGUCCUUCCUUCUCUCCCCCCUUGCACUUCACAGACCCACCUUUGCCAUCAAAAAGUCAUAUGUGGUGUACUUGGGAUCACAUUCACAUCCCCCAAACUUAUCAGAACUUGAACUAAACCAAGUGAGAGAGAAUCACUAUGAGUUUCUUGGGUCCUUCUUGGGCAGCCAUGAAGUUGCAAAAGAAUCCAUCUUUUACUCAUACACAAAGCACAUCAAUGGCUUUGCUGCCACAUUAGAAGAAGAAGAGGCAGCUCAGAUAGCCAAGCAUCCAAAGGUAGUCUCCAUUUUCUUGAACCAGGGAAGAAAAUUACACACAACUAGAUCAUGGGAUUUCUUGGGACUUGAGCAUGAUGGUGUUACUCCACCCAACUCAAUCUGGAACAAGGCAAGAUAUGGUGAAGAUACAAUCAUAGGAAACCUUGAUAGUGGCGCAUGGCCAGAGUCCAAUAGCUUUAGUGAUGAAGAGUAUGGACCAAUUCCAUCCAAGUGGAAAGGAAUCUGCCAAAAUGAGGCAGAUUCUGAAUUUUACUGCAACAGGAAGCUAAUUGGAGCAAGAUACUACAACAAGGGCUAUGCUGCAGCUGCUGGCACCCUAAACUCCUCCUUUGACUCACCAAGAGACAAUGAAGGCCAUGGCUCUCACACCUUGUCAACAGCUGGGGGCAAUUUUGUAACUGGGGCAAGUGUGUUUGGGUUUGGUAAUGGAACAGCAAAGGGUGGAUCACCAAAAGCCAGAGUUGCAGCCUAUAAAGUGUGUUGGCCUCCAGUGAAUGGAAAUCAGUGCUUUGAAGCAGAUAUAUUGGCUGCAUUUGAUAUUGCCAUCCAUGAUGGUGUUGAUGUAUUGUCUGUGUCACUGGGUGGAGAUCCCUCUGCAUUCUUCAAUGACAGUAUUGCAAUAGGUGCUUUUCAUGCUGUUAAGCAUGGCAUUGUGGUGGUUUGCUCAGCUGGGAAUUCCGGUCCAGCUGAAGGUACCGUCUGCAAUGUAGCGCCGUGGCAGAUCACUGUUGGUGCCAGUACCAUAGACAGGGAGUUCCCCAGUUAUGUCACCCUUGGAAACUGGAAGCACUUCAGGGGACAGAGCUUAUCGCCUGUGGCCUUGCCGGGGAAAAGGUUCUACCGGCUUAUUAGUGCUGCAGAUGCUAAAGCAGCUAACGCAUCAGUUCAAGAAGCUCUGUUAUGCAAGGCUGGCACACUUGAUCUCAAAAAGGUGAAGGGAAAGAUCUUGGCCUGCCUUCAAGGAGACAGUGCAACAGUGGACAAGGGUGAGCAAGCCUUACUGGCUGGCGCCGUGGGAAUGAUUCUUGCUAACGAUGAGCUUAGCGGGAACGAAAUUAUUUCUGAUCCACAUGUCCUCCCUGCUUCACAUAUCAAUUUCACCGACGGUGCCCUUGUCUUUGCUUACAUCAAUUCAACUAAGUCUCCCAGGGCUUACAUAAAGCGUCCAACAACGCAACUGGGAACGAAGCCAGCUCCCGUCAUGGCAGCAUUUUCAUCAAAGGGACCCAACACCAUCACACCAGACAUCCUUAAGCCUGAUAUCACUGCGCCAGGAGUGAGUAUCAUAGCAGCCUACACUGAAGCACAAGGGCCAACAAAUCAAAUGUUUGACAAACGGCGAGUUCUGUUCAACUCAGUGUCAGGCACAUCAAUGUCAUGCCCUCAUAUUUCCGGCAUUUGCGGCCUUCUUAAAACCCUCUAUCCUCACUGGAGCCCUGCAGCUAUUAAAUCUGCAAUCAUGACCACAGCGACAACACAAGAUAAUAGCAGGGAACCACUGCUCAAUGCUUCUUUCUAUAGGGCAACACCAUUUAGUUAUGGUGCAGGGCAUGUUAAUCCUAACAGUGCCAUGGAUCCUGGCUUGGUUUAUGACUUGUCCCUUAAUGAUUACUUGAACUUUCUAUGUUCAAAUGGAUACAACAAAACACAAAUCGAAAUGGUCUCAGAGGAGGCAUAUGAGUGCCCAAAACCUGCUGUUAGUCUCACUAACCUCAACUAUCCCUCAAUCACUGUCCCUAAACUCAAUGGAUCCCUUGUGGUGACUAGAACAGUGAAAAAUGUUGGCACUCCAGGAACUUACAAGGCUCGUAUCCAGAACCCAGAUGGCAUAUCGGUUUCAGUUGAGCCAAACAAGUUGGAGUUCAAGAAAAUUGGUGAAGAGAAGAGCUUUAAACUACUCCUGCAGGUUAUAGAUGCCAAAGCAGCUAAGAACUAUGUGUUUGGGAAGUUGAUAUGGUCAGAUGGUAAGCACUAUGUAAGGAGCCCCAUUGUGGUAAAGGCUGCCUAGAAGUAGGCAAAAAUAGUCCAAGUCAUCAUGUUGUGAGACAAAACCAUUUAAAUCAUGUCAAAAUAAGGAAAAAAAACCAGAUGUAUUUACAAUUAUAGUAUGCUUAGUAAUAAUUAGUCCUACUA